AUGUCUCACCAUCACUAUGAAACCAACCCUCAUUUCGCAAGACUUCAACCACAGAACCAACAUGUCAAAGGCGGUGGUGGUGCUUCUACCUCACAAUCAUCUCCCCAUGACCAACCGCCCAUCCCCCACCACAAAACCCCUAAAUCUCACCACAAAGCUCCACCGGGAAUCCUAACCAAGCCUCGUGGUCGCGACCGUCAAGGCCCUGUCCAAGAACAUCCACAUUCCGCAAUACCUUUACCUCUAAGUCCAGAAGAUAAACAACCACCACGAAAGACUUCAAACUCUGCAAAAAUACCAUUACUAUCAUCAAGCCCUGAAGAUAAACAACCACCACGACGACCUCCAAACUCUUCAAAAAGACCAUUGCUACUAAGCCCUGAAGAUCAACAUCAUAACCAUCAACAACAACAACAACGACCUCCACCACCACAACCACCGCGCGGUGCAGGCGGCGGCUAUGCAACAUCAUUACCUCCAAUACCCAAACCAACUCCAUGGAGAACCGCUCCAACACCGUCACCGCAUCGCCGCGGUCGACAACGGUCACCACCGCCUUCAAGAGAUCAGACAAACGCGAUGACAUGGUCAGCUGCAUUUUGCUGUGCCGUUUUCUGGAUCAUUGUCAUUCUCGGCGGUCUCAUCGUCCUAAUCGUCUACCUCGUGUACCGUCCACGCUCUCCUCACAUCGACAUCUCAGCGGCUAACCUAAACGCUGCGUAUCUCGACAUGGGGUUUCUUCUAAACGGAGAUAUGACCAUUCUAGCAAACUUCUCAAACCCUAGCAAGAAAAGCUCUGUGGAGUUUAACAUUGUGACGUUCGAGCUUUACUAUUACAACACACUCAUAGCGACUCAAUACGUUGAGCCGUUCAAGGUUCGUAAGAGAAUGUCGAUGUUUGCGAAUGUUCAUCUCGUGAGCAGUCAAGUCAUGCUUCAGCCAACGCAGAGCCGGGAGCUGCAACGUCAGAUUGAAAACGGGCCGGUUUUGUUGAACCUGAGAGGAACGUUUCACGCACGUUCGUUUAUUGGGCCGUUGUUUAGGUACUCUUAUUGGUUGCAUACUCAUUGCAGCUUUUCAUUGAAUAGUCCUCCUGCAGGAACUAUGCGAGCUAGACGAUGCAGUACCAAACGCUAG